CAUCUAUCCCCACAACCUUACUUCCACGCAUUUCCCUCCUCUCGCCCCUUCAUCGCGCCUAUUUCCGCCAGAAUGGCUCAGCCCGUGGUGCAGACGAUCCAUCGGGAUCCCGCCUUGUUCUGGUGGAUUCUGCUUCCCAUCACCGUGGUCAUGAUCCUGACAGGCAUCCUCCGCCACUACGCCAUGAUCCUCCUUCAGAACGCGCCCAAGAAGCUGGCCCUCCCCCAGAUCCGACAGCAACGCGCACUUGUCCGCGGAAUUAACCUGCGAGCCAACGCGAAUGUAUUGUCGCCGACCUCCUUCCAAGCCCGCAAAGCGUACAUGGUGUCAGCAUAUCAAGAAGGGAAAUUUCUGGCAGACCCUGAGUCGAGAGGCAAGCCUAGACCGAAUCCCAUGUCGGAUCCAGCCACAAUGGAGGGCAUGAUGGGCAUGAUGAAGGGAAAUAUGGCCAUGAUGAUUCCGCAGACCCUGAUCAUGGGCUGGAUCAAUGCGUUCUUCUCGGGCUUCGUCAUAAUGAAGUUGCCGUUCCCCCUCACGCCUCAGUUCAAAUCGAUGCUUCAGUCAGGCGUUGGAACCCGGGAUCUGGACGUCAGAUGGGUGUCAAGCUUGUCAUGGUAUUUCCUGACACUGUUUGGCCUUCAGCCCGUUUAUAAUUUUAUUUUGGGCAGCAACAAUUCUGCGAAUCAGGUCACCCAACAGAUGGCCAUGGCGAAUCCAGGCGCAGGGCUGAUGGGUCCCGAACAGGAUCCCGAUAAACUCUUCUUGAAUGAAGCUGAGAACCUAGAGGUUCUCGAGCAUCGCUGGAUACUGGACGGAGUCGAAGAUCGAUUGGUUGCGAAGUUGACGUCGUAGAUUACGUGCAGCAGAGACGGAAGCGCUCGGACGCUCUACACCGUCGCUCCACAUAUGACGGAACUCCUCGUCGUCAGGUAUUGUUGGUGGAAGCUAAUCGGGCCGCGGAAUCCGCCCCGCUGACGAUCCCUUUCAUCAAGUCCACCAUGAGUAGACGGUUUCCGUCGGACGGGAGGAGACGCUGUAAUCGCAUACUACAAUCGGGCGGAGGCGCGGCUCUGCCCGCAGGAGAGGAGCCAGAUUUGUUAUCAUCCCGCGCUCCUCUGCAUCCUUGUGCCUGAUCCACUCGGGCCAUGCGAAACAAGUAGUCAAAUUCAUGACAUUCCC